AUGUUUGGAAGGCCGAGAUGUCGAGAGUGGACUCCACUUGCUACACAACAACUGCGUCUUCGAAGCUUGAUUCAGAUUGUAGGCUACAAUAUAAGGCCGCCUGAGUGGUGUACAUCUCCAUGCAGUUUCUAUUUAACUCUGCAUCACACCACAAUGUCAGCACCAUUCUAUACAAGCGAGAGGAUUUGCUCGCCACACCCUAAGUGGAAGGAAAUCGACUCAGAAUCAACGCAACGUAUGUCGUCGACGAACGUCGUCAUACGAAUUUGGUGUCAUAUCAUCCAUACUAACGAAGAAAGUAAUAAACUACCACAAGACACCGUCAUUCAAACAUGGGGGGUCUAUUUCAGUGGUCUAAGAUAUAUCGGGGCGAAUCUAGCCUCGAAUUUCACUUCAGACUGCUUCAAAUGUAACACUUUAGUCCUACAAAUGCAUGGAGGAUACUUCUGCUCAUACAAAAGCCUAAAACUAGAUGUGAUACCACCAGAAAAUGAAAUAGAACACGGUUCAUUAUCUUCAGACUCCUCUGAAAGGACCAAUCUUUCAAAAAUCAAUUUAGAUGCUAAACAUAUAUUGAGUAAUAAGCUAGGAAAAGAAUCGAGGUCCAUUUCUCCUAAUAAAUUUUCUAAGAAGGCUGAUAAAGAGUAUUCUAAAAGUCACAGUCCAAUAGAGAGGGGUUUUCAUCAAAAUUUUCCAACAUUAAGAACAUCAGCUAGCUUAAAUAUUGGGCAAAGUCAAAGAGACUAUUACAGGCGAAGAGAAGAAGAUUCGGAACAAGGCAAAGGCGAUCCAAAGCUACCGAAUCAUAUAUACGAACAUUCGCCUGACAAUUUAGACGUUAAAGAGUAUGCAAGCGUAAACUGUGAUAUUGCGUUUAAGAACGCGUCUAAAGAAGAUUUAUCUUGUAACAUAGACUUAAGUGAAACAGCAGAGAACUACGACUUGAGAAACGAAGCCGAUGGGGUUCCUAAGUAUAGAUAUUUGGCUCUGAACUUUCUCAAGUCUGAAAUAAGACCAAGUUACAACGCGACGAAGUUGCAGAAGCUACAUUUGUUGCAAUACUCUAUCAAGAAGAGACAAGAGGCUGUUCAGGAGAUCAAGGAGAGGAUUUACAAGAAGUCUGCCUUAACGAACGAUGAUUGGCCGACUUUAGACGAAUAUUGUGACAUCAGACUAAAGUUUAAGAGUAGAUCUCAAAGGAAUUUAUUCUCUCCGGAUGAUAGUGAUAGCUUAAGUAAGGAUAAGUCUUCGUCACAAAGCGAUCUGAGUGUGAAGAAUGGAAAGAUUAAGGAGGACCGGCCUGUCGUGUCCAAUGGACCGAGGUUGACCCUAAAAUUGAAUGAUCUCUUAUCUUUUAAGGCAAAACCUUCGCCCUUCCAGAGGGCAGAACAUGUAAGGCUGACAAAACAACUGGAGAUUCUACGAUUCAAGCGGAUCAUACUAUCAGAUGAAAGAGAUAGCAAGCUCACGAACAUAAGGAAACUGAAAGAGAGGCAUGCUAAACUGUUUGAAGAAAACCAGGAUGUCGGUGAGUGGACAGAACUGAUGCAGAACUACCACUCUCUAUCUCGUCGGAAUGAGAGUGUGAAAGAGACUCGCCAGGCUUGUGGAGCCAUACGUGAGCUGGCCGCGUCCUCCCACCAUGCGUUAUGUACGCAAAGAACUGAACUUCUUCGACAGUUACAUCAAAUAUUUUAUAUUGAACAGAAAGACCAAACAACGUGGACUAUAUGCGGGGUUCCCUUACCAGUGUGUGGUGAUGAGAGUCCUCGAGGAACUCCCCUCAGUGACUCAGUGGCCGCUGGGUUUGUAGCCCAGGCCACUUGUUUGGCGGCCUCACUGUUAAACCAGCCACUGAGGUACAAAAUCACGCUGUUGGGAUCAGCCAGCAAGAUAUUGGAUGUCACUCCUGAUUUACCUGAUCCGAACAUAGCACUAUUCCCCCGUGGCGGAGACACGACACUAUUUCGCUACGGUUUGUUCCUCCUCAAUAAAUGCAUAGGACAACUUAUAGUUGGUCGAGGACUACCCUUAUCAGACAUACGGCCUACUCUCUCCAAUCUACAGCGAUUACUUACUACUCCUGCUAGCAUGUCGGACACCACAAAGUUGUAUGGCCCGUACAGAUGGCUGGUGGAUAGCCAAUGCCCCCGUACUCAAUCUCUAAGGAGUCUUGUUGCUACUGAGAGGUGUAAAUAUAGACAGUUUAAUAGGUUUAAGGACGCCGUAGACGGCCAGUCUCCACAAUCGGCGAUGAACAAGAGACACAGGCAUUCACGCAGCGUGGGCAGUUAUCAGGAUGAUCAGGAGCUGCCGACAUUAGAGGACUCAACAACAUCAAUAAUGGGAAGCGAACCAAACAUAUACAACAUGAAACUAAAACAAGACGACAACAUAGACACACAAGGUCUAAAAUCCCAUAACUCAGAUUCCGAAAUACUGAGAUUUAACACCGAACAAAGCCAAUCAAAGGUCCUAUUUACAUUAGGUGGUGAAUCAACAAUCGACCUUAAUGGUAAACUAGUUCGAAUGUCGACUAAUAACCAGGAUGAAAUGGAUGAGAGUGUGAAGAAAAUUUGUUCAGAAAUCAGUGAUUUUUGUUCAACUGAAAGAGUUCAUGAAGGAUUAGAUAUCGCUAAACACUUGAGUGAUGAUACUAUAAAUAUAGCUGAAUAUUUGGAGGCUAAAGGAACUGUGGAUGAUUGCGAUCCAACUUGCGCUGAAGUUAUCGUAAUACCUAGCGCGGAAGCCAUCUUGGAUACGGGACAAGAGGUUAGAGAAAUUGAGGAAGAUGAAAAAUAA